UUCAACUUUGUGCAUUUAAGCCAAUCAAUGAGAUUAGCUAACAUCAAUAGUAAGUUAUUGAUUUAAACGUUUAUCAAUAUUAUUACAUUAAAAUGGAUUCAGUUAUUGGUUGUGAACAUUUGGUCCAAAGAAAGAAUGAGGAAUUAUUGAAAAAUUAUCGUAUUGUUCAUUUAAACUUUAUAUCCUGUCAGUCUAAUGAUUCAAUACGUGCUAAAAAAAAACUGGCAUCAUGUCAUGAGUGUAAAUUUGAAGGUGCGCGAUUAUUGUCAUGUUUAUAUUGUGUAUGUUUUGCAUGUCCUACGCACUUUCUUGAACAUUUUAAGAAAACUGAGCAUUGUUUUGGUGUAAACCUAACCUUUAGUCAUAUUUUCUGUGCUCACUGUGAUGACUAUACCUAUGAUGGUGACAUUAUGACUUUAUCAAACACAUUGAAUAAGGAUUUGUAUUGUUAUAGAAAUAAAUCCUUAGAGACAAAAGACAUUGUCUUGCUUAGAAAAAGUAAAGAGAUCGAAUAUAUUGAUAGUGCUACUCCGGUUCCGGGAUUCAUCAAUUUGGGUAAUACAUGUUUUUUAAACAGUGUACUGCAGGUAUUAAUGCAUACCCCAAUGUUACGGAAUUAUGUUCUUUCUGACCAACACGUAUGUCCCUUUUUAAAGGAGCCUAGUCGUUGUAUUACAUGUGAAAUUGGCAGAAUAUAUCAGCAAUCUUACAUGUUGCAAGUUAAUGUGAUUAGCUUGCAAAAGUUGUUAAAAAUAUUUUGGGAUAACACUUGGUACAUGGCAUCAGCUUUACAACAUGAUGCACACGAAUGUUUCAUAGCCAUAUUGGAUAUCAUACAUAAACAGACGAUAAUACAAAAUGAAAAUGACAAGGAUAUAAAACAUCUGGAAAACUGCCAGUGUAUUAUCCAUAAAAUUUUUAAAGGCGUCUUGCAAAGUGACAUUGUUUGCCAGAGCUGUAACAAUGUGUCAUCUAAAAUUGACAUAAUUAAUGAUAUUCCUAUAUACUUUUCAAUGGAUGAAAAAGGAAAAUAUCCAACUAAUAUUACAUUAAUUGCAUGCUUAGAACAAUUUGGACAGAUAGAGUUGUUGAACGAUUUAGAUUGCACAAAUUGCCAAACAAAAAAGUUAUCGACCAAACAGCUUAUUUUAAAACAUUUGCCAGUGGUUUUAUGUUUCAUUUUAAAAAGAUUUGGACAGCCAUCAGACAAUGUUUCAAAUAAGAUUACUACAUUUGUCGAAUUCCCAGAAACAUUAGAUAUGAACAAAUUUAUAAAGAAAAAAUCUGUGACUGGUAGUGCAUUCAUUGAUGAAUGUUUUGCUUCACGUGAGUCCAUCUAUAAACUGUAUGCUGUGAUUUGUCAUGAAGGUUUACUAAACGGAGGACAUUAUUUGUCUUACAUACAACACAUGGGUCUUUGGUAUCAAUGUAAUGACAAUGUUGUUAGAUUAGUACAAUUUGAAGACAUAUUGAGAAGUCCUGCAUAUCUAUUAUUCUACCAUAAAGAGUUUAUGAAUUUCUAUUAAAUUUUUAGUAUAAUUAUUAUGUAAAUAUUUCUAAAUAAA